UCGAAUCAGCGAGAUGGUGGUGACGACGACGACGACGGAUACCGCGGAGUCGUUGCACUCCACCUUCGCCUCCCGUUACGUGCGCGCACUGCUUCCCAGGUAUAAGAUUCCGGAGAGGGUGAUACCGAAGGAUGCGGCGUACCAGAUAAUCAACGACGAGCUGAUGCUGGACGGGAACCCGCGGCUGAACCUGGCGUCGUUCGUGACGACGUGGAUGGAGCCCGAGUGCGACCGCCUCGUCAUGGCCGCCCUCAACAAGAACUACGUCGACAUGGACGAGUACCCCGUCACUACCGAGCUCCAGGUUCAAAACGAAUAUGAAUAUUACGUAUAG